GCCAUCACCAUCAAACGGAGCUCCAGCGCUCAGGGAGGAGCAGGAAACUAUGAGGUCAUCACCAUCGAUGAUGAUGAUGAUGUCGUCUCCGUUCGUUCUCAAACGGCCGACAGCAGAACGUCUGGGACGAUCACCACGACACACCUGGACACCACGCAGUCAGGAUCCCGAACUGAUUACCUGGCCCGGGGAGGGGGAGGGGUCCCACAGAGGGAUUACCUGUCUCGAUGCGGGACUCAGACCUUGGGAGGAUCGAUGAAGGUGGAGAACGUGACGGCGCUGCGCAGCACGCCACAGUGGCCGAGCGCCACCGCCUCCUUGGCUUCAACGCCCAGUUCAGCUCAGCCCAUAAACAGAGCCUCCACCUAUCAGACCAUCAGCCACGCAGGUUUUCAAGGGGGCGUGGCCAAGACCCCUCCUACCAACGACCCCCCAGCCCCCCCGGUCACCGGUUUGGCUCGUUUCCACCAGUCCUUGAGGACUCCCUACACCCUGAACCUGCCAAACGAGCCGGGAAACCCAGAUCUGAGGCACAUCAUUAUAGAUGGCAGCAACGUGGCCAUGGCCCACGGCCUUCAUCGGUUCUUCUCGUGCCGCGGCAUCGCGCUGGCUGUGGAGACGUUCUGGAGGCGGGGCCACAGGGAGAUCACGGUGUUCGUCCCUCAGUGGCGUCAGAAGAGAGACCGGCUGGCCACAGAGCAACACUUCCUGAACCUGCUGGAGGACCUGAGGCUCCUGUCCUUCACCCCCUCCAGAGAAGUCUGUGGUCAGAGGAUUUCCUCUCAUGACGACAGGUUCCUGCUUCACCUGGCCGAGAAAACAGACGGGGUCAUCGUGACCAACGACAACCUGAGGGACUUUGUGGACACGUCCAACACCUGGCGCCGGAUCAUCCAGGAGAG